AGUAUAUAAUCUAAUAAAAUAAUUCACUUGUUAACCGAUAUCUCACCCUUACUUCUCACACCUCCACCAUUAUAUAUAUCCUAUUAUAUCCAAGCUAGCUAGUAAGUUUGCAAAAACACACACAAAAACAAGAACAUAUAUCUUUCUUCUUAGUGUUUGUUUUGUGUAUACAUAAAUUGAUGUCAGGGGUUUGGGUAUUUAAGAACGGGGUGGUGAGGCUAGUAGAGAAUCCAGGAGGCGAGGGGGGUGAGAAUAGUGGAAGGAGAAAAGUGCUUGUACACACCCCAACCAAUGAAGUAAUCACUUCCUAUUCUAUGCUGGAACGAAAACUAAGCUCUCUUGGUUGGGAACGCUACUACGAUGACCCUGAUCAUCUGCUUCAGUUCCACAAACGCUCCACCGUGUACCUUAUUUCUCUUCCAAAGGAUUUCAACAAGCUGAAGCCCAUGCACAUGUAUGACAUUGUCGUUAAGAACAAGAACUAUUUCCAUGUUAGGGACAUGUAGAUGUUGAAUCAUAUAUAUGUAGGUAAUAAUAAUAAGGUAGGGUUUGGUUGGUGUGGUUGGUUGGUGAGGAUAUUGGUUUCUUUUACGUACGUCUGUGCUGUCCUGCUAUAAAUUUUACUCUCUCUGUAAUCAAAAUUGGGGUUUUUUUAUUUA